ACAGGAAGCGUGAAAUCUCGUAUUUGUUUUUUUUUGGUUUUUGCCAACUCUGUGGUGAGCUAAAGACUGGUGUUUCGCUGCGAUAUAGCACUACAUGUACUGAUGAUGGUUCAAAGCAGUAUUCAGUGAAUACUUUUGCUGUCCUGACAGCGAGCUCUUCAAGAAAAUUUCAAGUAGAACUGUGACGUGCACAUUUGUUUAACAAUACAAAGACAUAAACGGACAAGUUAUUGAACCCAUGUUGAACUGUGUCGGUCGCGAAGUAAAGUUGAGCGAUCGGGUCGAUUGAAGAAGUAAAAAAUACCGAGUUCUGGUACCUCGUUCGCUUUAUUUUUCCAGUUACAUAUUUACAGCCCUAGUAGCGACGCUCUAAAGUAUGUCGUCAGGGUCAUUUUCUCGUGAAGAAAGAAAUGCUACAAGUGAAAGCGAUCCUGUCGUUAAUCAGGGGAUUAGGGAAGAGUCGACUGUUGACAGAACUAGUGAAUGCAAAGAUGGAAAAGCUCUAGAAAAUGGGACUGAAAGUAGCCUUUCUAUUGCAAAGACCGAGGGCAAAGGUGAGGAGGAUACCCUACCAGUGGAAGAUACUGUUACUGAUGAAGAAAAUAAUAUUGCCAACAGCAAAGUGGAAAUUUCUGCCGAACAAAAAUGUGUUGCUGAUAAUGUUGUGGAAGAUCCUGAAGUGAAAAAUGAUGUUGCUGAUAAUGUUGUGGAAGUUCCUGAUGUGAAAAGUGAUGUUGUUGAUAAUGUUGUGGAAGCUCCUGAUGUGAAAAGUGAUGUUGCGGAUAAUGUUGUGGAAGUUCCUGAUAUGAAAAGUGAUGUUGUUGAGAAUGUUGUGGAAGUUCUUAGUGAGAAAAGUGAUGUUGUUGAUAAUGUUGCGGAAGUUCUUGAUGAGAAAAGUGAUGUUGCUGAUAAUGUUGUGGAAGUUACUGAUGAGAAAAGUGAUGUUGCUGAUAAUGUUGUGGAAGUUCCUGAUAUGAAAAGUGAUGUUGUUGAUAAUGUUGUGCAAGUUCCUGGUGAGAAAAGUGAUGCUGUUGGAAAUGUUGUGGAAGUCCCUAAUAAGAAAAGUGAUGUUGUUGAUAAUGUUGUGGAAGUUCCUGAUGAGAAAAGUGAUGUUGUUGAGAAUGUUGUAGAAGUUCCUGAUGAGAAAAGUGGUGUUGCUGAUAAUGUUGAAGUUUCAGGUGAAAAAAAUUAUAGUGUUGAUGAAACAGGUGAGACAGAAGGGUGUGAAAUUUUGGCUAAAUUUUCAGAAAAAGACGUGAAGAAUAGAGAAAAUGGGACAAUGGAAGUGGAAUGUGAUAACUCUGAUCAACAUUCCUUAGAUUUGAAUGAUGCUAAAACCAACGAUAAUAUCCACCGUAUUCUCAAUGACAUUCCUGAUGUGACAGAUGACGUAAACGAAAGGAAAUUCGGUUUGAAUAGUGAGAAAAAAGAUGUCGAGUUAGUAGAUAGAAAUUCUGUAAAAUAUAAUGAAAGCGUUAAACCCGAGGAAAAUGAACGGGGAGUUUCUGAGAAAGGUUCCGACGUCUUGAACGGAGUACAUGUUGACAUUUCAAAAGAUAAAAAUGUUGACAUCUCGAAGGAGCAACUUAUUGAAGUGCCGAAGGAGGAACGUAGAAAUGAAGAGAAAUAUUUGGAGAGUACUUCUGGAAUCAAACGGAUUAUUUACGACGAAAAUUCUGAAAAAGGGAACGAUGGUUCUGGCGCAAUGGAUGAGGAAAACCAUGUUCAGUUAAAGUCUUCCUCUAAUUUCGAUAAUUCUGAUAGUUGCGUUGCGAGUUCUAGUGAAAUGGAUGAAUACAAUUCAGUAGAGAGAAACGAUGAAUUAGAUGGAAAAUCAAUAAAAGUGAAGGGAAGUGGUUCUGAUGAAGGUAUUGAACUAUCUAAAGAAGAGAUGAACAACGGCACCAAGAAGGACAUCAUUAGCUGUGAAAACAGUCAUGACGUUAAGGCUCAUGUGGAGGUGUUUGGUAACGAUAAUAAUUCUUCAUCCGGUAAUGAAAUGAAAGGAAAGAGUGAAAGAAUCGGUAGUGGUUCUACUGUGUAUAGAGUUCAAACAGAUUACUUGACUCGUCAACUGAUAACUAAACGUGAGAACGAAACGCAUCUUGAAGAGAAGUUAGCCGAAGCGAAUAGAGAUCGUGAAUUGGCGGAACAGAAGGUAAAAGAUCUACAACUUCGUUUGAAAAGGUUUGCGAAGGAUGACGAGGCGAAAGACCAGAAAAUGCGACAAAUGGAACGCGAGUAUAAAGAGCUUGAGAAUCAGAUGCAGAGGAUCGAAGAAUCGCUUGAUUCUAAAGGUAAGAACAACAAUGAAGGCGAAAGUAUAGAAUCGGUAAACGGGCGUCAAAAGAAGAAUUCAACAAAAGUAUGUAUUUUGCUUUAAGUUGUACAUAUUAUGCGUACGAUCGUUCUUCCGAGUUUUUCUUGUUAAAAUUCGCGUUAUAACAAAAAAGGCCAAUGUCUUUGUGUACAUGUCUUACUUAGAAGAUUUUUUAUUAAAGAACACGACUCAA